AUGCUUCUAAAUGAAAAUAAGAUAAGUGUAGGUGGUGCGUUAGGUGUUCUGACAUUGGAAUCUUUACCGGAUGAAUUAUUUUAUGAUAUUUUCUAUUAUUUAUCUGCUCAAGAUCUAUACGACGGUUUUUACAAUUUGAACUAUCGAUUUCGAUCGAUUCUUGCGACGCUCACUAAUCUCUAUAGCGAAAUAACUAUCAAAGAUGAAACAAAUUCGCUUGCUUCUCGUUAUUUUGCUUCUCGUAUUGUUGCACUCAGUAUAAAACACGUUGAGUCGUUUGAUCUCUCCGCAUUUUCAACCAUUCGUUCGCUUACUCUGCUUGCCGAACCUAAUCGUGAGCAAUGUCAAUCGAUUCAACGCUUUCUUCCUCAUCUCGAACAACUUGUUACAUGCAAAUCGUCUACUCGACAUUUUUCUUACUCAACUUCAGCAUCGCAUUUUGUCUUCACCAACGCCUAUCCAUUCCUUCGUUCAUCUUCGCUAAAUUUAGUUUCAUACAAAGACGAACAAUCAUGGACACAUGUACUAUCAUUGCGUUUUCUAAGUAUUCGAAUCAUUGAUCUGAGAAUAUAUCCGCAAAUACUUCGAACUUGUCCGUCACUUGUUCGAUUUCAACUGGAAUUCAAGAAUAAUUUUCAACUACCGAAAUUGUUCUACAGAUUUGACUCUCAUUCAUCUCUUCGAUACUUACAUCUUCGUUUACACUCAACACCAUAUUCCUAUUGCUUAAUCACUGCUUUACUCCUCUCCCUUGUGCCAAACUUACGACAGUUCUCUCUUCAUGGUUGUCUCUCCGAAGCUGGCGAUAUCAAUAUUGAAUCACUUGCAGAGAUUCUCCAUCAACAUGUCCCUCAUCUCGAUCACUUCUACCUCACCAUGGCAAUUCAACAAACUCUAUCUACAAACAACUGGCAAAAAAUGCGGCAACUACAUUCGCUCUUUCACCGUCUAACCAUCGAAUCACCAACACCACAUUCGCUAGCACGCUUGACUAUCCAAUCAAAGAAGAACUUGAUAUAA